AAGUGCCAAGCGGGGAGCUCGUUUCGGAAGGGGCGGUGGAUUUCAAGUCGCCAUGGCGGUGCCACUGAAGAUGAGUCAAUUCGAGACGAAGCUGAAGAAGGCCAUGCAACAAGUGAAGCUGAUUCUGGAUGCCGAGAAGACGGCGCGGCUACCCACAGCGGAACACCAUGCUUACGAGGACAAGUUCCGCCUAGCUGAGCGAACCACGGCCCUGGCGUUGGCCUCCCAUGUGAAUUGCCUGGCCACGUUGGGCCUUAGCCCGGAGCUUCUGGCGCAAGCCCGGCGCUGGGCGUCCAACUCGCAGGUCAGCCUCCGCUUCAAAGCGCAGGAGAGCUGCAGCUUCCUUCGAGAGGAGACGCGAAAGGAGGAAGAUCCCACCAAGCGGGUGGAUGAGGUCUCCGUAGCUGGCAUGUCCAUCGGCUUUACCAGCAAGACUGUCACAAAAGUGACUGAGUUCUUCUGGAAGUUCGAGGUGAGCUAUCAGCUGGAGCUGUUUCGGGGGGUCGGUGCAGAACCCUCGGACCGGCUCACGCUGCAGCAACGCACGGGCAGCACGGAGAUCAAGACCAGCAGCAAAGUGUCGCCGCAGCCGGAGCAGAAGAUCCCCGCCAUUUCCGAGGAGGCGAACGUCACCUUCCUCUUCAAGACCGAAGCCUUCAAGAUUGACCGGGACUCCCCGAAAUGCAAGACGCCCGCCAGGAAUGCGGAACUUAAGGAGGCCGCGGAGUAUAUGGGCGGCUUUGCACGAUGGCUGGGCUGUGCAGAGUCAUAUCUUCAAAACCUGGGGUCAGAGGUCCUGGCCAAGGCGCAGAAAGGAGUGCUCUCGACCGAGGGCAUUCUGGUCCCCGCCCUGCCGCUCAUGGUGAAGGGCAACUCGGAGAAGCGCGCAACGUGUCAGUCCAUCGUACUGCUGACCGAGGAAGAGCACAGCGGCCCAGUGAUGUCGGCCGUGGAUGGCAACCUUUUGCUGGAGGAGGAGGCUCGCACGCUGGCGACCAAGCAGCAAAACCUUUUAGAGGCUGUGCCGGAUGGGGGCGUGUUCACCCCCACGGAGGCGUACUUGACAGUGGGCUUCUCCCAUCUCAAGGCCCUGGUGGUUCAUUGGGCAGAGGUCCAGGACUACAUUGAGAACAUGUUGAGGGCGCAGUUGGUGGCGGCCAUCGGCAAAGAGGUGACGCCCGCAGACUUCGCAGACUACAUGCGCUUUCACUACAGGAAGCUGUUUCAAGAGGCGUACCUCCCGUCGCCCUUCAGCUUUGCAGUGCGGCGAAGCACAUUGCACGGCCCGGAGGGCACGGUGAGCAUCGAGGAGCAGGAAGGCAUCAAGACCCCAGUCUUGAGCAUGUGCUCGACCGGGCAGACAUCUCACAUGAGCUUUGCGCUGAACGCGUCGACCAACGUGUCCUUUGCCGGCGAGGUCCAUUUGCAUGCCUGGCUGGCGCAUCAGUUCUCCGGCGAGACGGGGGCAAAGCUCUCCCUGGUCUCGCGGGCGCGCCAGUUCAGCUCCUUCAUUGUGCUUGUGGGCCGCGUGACUUCUGCCACCUCCCUGGAGCCGAGCUAUGCUGCGCUGGUGCAGAACAAAGACGAGCUGGAGAUUCCGCUGGACCUCUCGACCAUCCCCACGCCCAAGGAGUUCAAGGACGCCAUCGAGUCCCUGUCCCCGGAGCAGCAGGGCUUCGCCAAGGCCUUCCGCGCCAUGCAGUUGGAGAGCACCCUCUUCGGCAUCGUGGUCAUUCAGAUCAAGCCGCAGCUGGAGAAGCUUCUGAACCUCCCGGAUGACAGCCUCACCAAGGAGAUCAAGCUGACCCAGGACCUCAUGCAGCUUUUCAUCAAGUACCAGAUCCCCAGUGACCUGCUCUCCUUCUCAGAGGACCUCUUGCAGCCUCGGGAGGUAGCCAGUCCUGAACGAAAAGUGCAGCUGGUGAAGGGCCAGGUGAAGGCCAUGACUGACAUGAUCGAACUGGAGAAGCAGCAGGAGCUCGAGGAGCGACGGAAGGAGGAGGAGUUCCGCCGUCUUGAGCAGGAGAUGACGCGCCGGAGGCUCCAGCAGGCCGAGAAGGAGGAGCUGCACAUGCGGUGCUUGGAAGUGGAGGAGAAGUGCCUUGACCGGAUGGAGGUCCGCCACAAGGAGAAGAAGCUUGCAAGCACUGGGAAGAAGAAAAGCGGCAGCUUCUUCGGUGGUUUGAGCUCGAUGGCGGAAUCUAUGGCAAGGCCCUUCUCGUCAGCGAAGGCAGUAGAGAGAUGUGCGGCGAUCCCCAUCUCGGACGCCGCAGCGGCGUCGGCGGCGCCCGCGCCAGUCGCCAGCCCCGGCCGCGGGGAUUCCUCGGCGCCGGAGCCGGAGCCGGCGAAAGCGGAAGCUGAGGUGACCAAAGACGGAGAGCCAGCGAGCUCUCAGCGCCCAGGCAACGCCAGCAUCGAGACUCCGAAGGCGAGAGAGCGCGACUACACACAGGUGCCCCAACAGAUGGACGCGCAAUUCGAGCAGCUGGAUCCGGACAGCGCGCUGCGGCCCACCAUCAUCACGCCGGGGAAGGCCUGGCGGAAACGAUCCCAGGCGGCGCUGCUGGCAGAGCCCAAGACCCAGCCGCUGGACCCGGACACCCAGAAGCGAGAGAAAGAGGCCGCCUUCGACCUCCUGGACGCCAUCACCAAGUCUGGGGCUUUGCCAUUGAGCCACGCGUCCAUGCACAUCGUCGUGGCCGCGACUCAUUGCUUUGACAAGACGGUCACCGAGACGGUGAUCCAGGACAACAUCAACCCAAUCGAGAAGGUGGAGCGAUCAAGCUUGAUUAUGGCUUCGACGGUGCACCAGCAGCCAGCCGCCGCACUCAUCAACGGCUCGCAGACGCAGCGCGUGAUGGGUAGCUCCCCGCAGCUCUUUCUCGCGGAUAAGGAGGCACUCUAGAUGAGUGCCAGAUGUGCGACAUUAUGUUUCAGAACUUUGCCUUGGCCCCUGUACAGUUGUGCCGUGAAGGUAAUGGAUUGACCGAUUGACCUCGUGAAAAAGUGUCUCGCGAGCAAAGGAC